CGCGCCCACAGCGCCCCCUCUCGGCCCGGACGGCCCACCAUGCCCCGGCCAGGAAGGGCUAUCAGGUGAGUCGCAGUCUGUCGCAACACUCCUCUGGGCCUUGCUACUGCAUGCCUGAGGACUGCGACACUUCGCGGGACUACAUGCACCACCCCGACCACUACCAGGGGCACAAUGACCACCCCUACUACCCACCUGGUGGGCCACCUGAACCAUCUGCCAUGGUCCCAUCUGGUGGAGGCACCUUCCCUCGCUCACACCCUAGUCAGCCACAGCCCUACGACUCGACGUGUGAAGAGUGUUUAACUUCGGCAGGGCACGGCCAUGGUCAUGGUGGAAAGAUGCAGCGUAUCCCACCAAACCUUCUGGAUCAGUUUGAGAAACAGUUGCCCUUCCACCCAGACGGCUUCCACACCUUGCAGUACCAACGUACGCCCAGCGGGGAACAACGCAGCGAGAGUCCAAGUCGCAUACGACAUCUGGUGAAUUCGGUCCAACGUCUCUUUGCCAAAUCACAUUCGCUGGAGACGCCCUCUAAACGAGAGUUUAAUGGCACCCGUGGGGGAGAGUACCGGGACAGAGAUAGGGGGAACCGCAGCAGUGGCGAGGAAAGUGGUGGACAUCAUUAUUCCGGAACACACCAGUCACGCUCAGCUCGUCGGAACAAGAGUCGAGAACGAAGUAAGAGCGGAGACUCCCGCCAUGAGUCUCGAAGCUCCCGCCACCGCAGCAAAACAGCUGGAUGGUGGAGCUCCGAUGAUAACCUGGACAGCGACAGCAGCUUUCUGGUGGGUGCAGGCAGGGGGGGACGCAGGUAUCCGACCGGACAUGAGACCCUGGAUGCUGCCAUCCAGGAGCUUACCUUGAGGAAAUCUAAGGGUCCACCUCCAGGAGAGUGCCUGGCUUGCAACAACAUAGCCAUGGCAGGGGACAGCGGACACUCUCUGAAGAGGAGCACAUGGUCGGCCUUGACGGUCAGUCAGGCUAGAGAAGUCUAUCCAUCUUCCCGUGGAGGAGGAUAUGAGAAGGCAUUGGUUCCUCUAGAUCCCAAAAUGAAGGAACGAUCACUCCACUAUCUGCAGGUUCCCUCAGAUGACUGGUGUGGUGGCAGUCCAUCUGACAGUGGUGGUGAGAUCCCUUGCAGACGUAUGCGCAGUGGCAGCUACAUCAAGGCCAUGGGGGACGAUGACAGUGCUGACUCUGACACCAGCCCCAAAGCCUCACCCAAAUCAGCCCUCAUUGCCCAGAGAGAAGCCUUCCGCCGCUCCGUCAGCAUGGACCAGCGCUCCUCCACUACAUCCAAAUACUCAUGUAAACAGUAUACAGACGUCUACCCUAACAGUCGAACCACACCUAAAGGCCACACUCGGUCCCGUAGCGCCACACGCUGUCUGACCAGCACUCAGCUGAGUGACACUCUGAACCUGUUUGGAGAAAUGGAAUCACAGGCUGUCGAGGCCUUGGACCUACCAGGAUGCUUCCGCACCCGCAGUCACAGCUACGUACGGGCUAUUCAAGCUGGCUGCUCCCAGGACGAUGACUGCCUGUCUGUCUUCUCCAUGUCAGGCCCACAGGGGAGCUUGAAGGGCGAAGCAGUGUUCACAUACAGGAAAGGACCCCCUCCUCUUCCCCCUCGCAUGUCCAAGCCAAUGAUCUCCGUGACCGCUCAGAGCAGCACUGAGUCCACUCAGGAUGCUUAUUUCCAGAGUACAGGUCAGCCUGCUCUGGUCCGACCCAGACAGCACAGCAAUUCAGUGGACCUGACAGAGAGCAGCGGGGGGCGUAGCUCCAGAGGUGGGCACUAUCUUGGCGGGGGCACGGUGCGUGUCAGACAGAGCAGCAACUCCGCAGAGAGUCUGAAUGGCAGGGCCCUUCAGAGCAUCGCCUACCCUGGUGGUCCUGGUCCAAUGAAACCGAAACACAGCAGCUCAGCCGAUAACCUGCUGGAGGGGCCCAGGGCAUCUAGGGAGCGGGCUGGAGGCAGCCUGGGAAAAUCAGCCUCUCUGCCCCAGAACAGUAUGUCCCUAGCUAAAGCUCUAACUGGAGGAGAACACGAAGGACGAGGGAGGAUGUGGAGACCCUCUAUCGCAGUGCAGGUGGACAGCUCAGAGACGGUGUCUGACUCAGACCCAGAAGGCAAAGGACUGAGAGAGGUGCACUCUAUAGGGGUUCAGGUGGAGGAUGACAAGAGACGAGCCCGAUUUAAACGCUCCAACAGUGUGACAGCAAGUGUCCAGGCUGAUCUCGAGACGGAGGGUUUUGGUGGGCUGACAGUCCCCACUCAAGACAAGGGCCUGCAGUUCGGUUGCUCAUUCCAGCGCCACUCGUCCGAACCGGAAUCAGCCAGUCAGUUUGCAGAAUACCGCACAGUGCACACACAGGGCCAGUGGGCCUACCGUGAGGAUUACCACAGCGGUUACACCAACGAGCCUGGCCCUCCAGAACUGAGGGCCCUGCCCCGCUCCCACUCCCCUCUGCCCCUCGCCCCUGAGCGUGGAGUGGGAGGCUGGAGCGAGGGCCCGAGAAGCCUCCCUGAUUCGGGCAGAGCCUCGCCCUGCUUACGAGAUGGAGACUUCUUCCUCCGGCUCCUGCAGACCGAAGUAGAGAGGAUGGAGGGAUGGUGCCAGAACAUGGAGAGGGAGGCAGAGAUGAAUGAACUGCCAGAAGAGGUGUUGGAGCUCAUCAGAGGAGCUGUCGGCAGUGCUCAGAUGCUCAUGUCACAAAGAGUCCAGCAGUUCUUCAGGAUGUGCCAACAGUGUGGUGAUCCUUCAUCAUACCCUCAGCCCACCACUCAGGAUCUGGCCAGUUACUGGGAGCUCCUCCAGUUAGCCAUCGAGGACGUCAGGGUGAAGUUUCAGGACCUCCAGCGCCUCAAGGACUCAGGCUGGCGGUUGCCUCCUGAGAAGAAGGUGAGAGUGGGGAUCCGCUCUGCUCCAGUCACUGCACAGCUCCACUCCAGUGCCAAAACAGCAGCGGGCAGGAGAACCGCUUAUGUGCUGGGUCCCAGCAGCUCUCUGCCAUCACACAAACACCUCAGAAAGAAAAGGAACUAAACUAGACAAAACAAGACCUGCAUGUGGAAUAACAGCAGAUUUACUGCCUAAAGAGCUUUUCGUUUGCUUUGAGAUAUUAAAGCCUAACAAAUCUGUAACUAAUUUCUCUGUUUUCUUUCUUUUUUGCUGUCUGCUGCUUCCACAAUGUCAUGUCCUCAUCCUAAAUACACUAAUCCAAAUCAUUCUUAUGUUGCA